UCCGCACGGAUCUACCAAUCACAGCGUGGAAGCUCAGUAACCAGGAAGCCGCGCGAGGUACCAGGAAGUGAGACCGUCAGGGAUCAUGAGCUCCCCGUGUAAAAUGGCGCAUGGACACAGUCACCAGCACGGCUGCCACCACCACGCGGGGCAGGCAGGGGCAGAGCAGAGUGCGGACGCGCAGCAGGACCCCCCGGAUUACAGAAGCUGGGACAUUGUGAAAGCCACGCAACACGGCUUGCUGGACCGAUGCAGGGAGCUGGUGGAGGCCGGAUACGACGUGAGGCAGCCGGACGGGGAGAAUGUGACCCUCCUGCACUGGGCAGCGAUUAACAACAGGCUGGAGCUUGUCAGGUAUUUAAUAUCAAAGGGGGCCGUCGUCGAUCAGUUGGGAGGGACUUUGAACUCCACGCCGCUGCACUGGGCAGUCAGGCAGGGGCACCUCCAGAUGGUGAUACUGCUGAUGAAAUGUGGGGGCGACCCGUCUCUGAUAGACGGCGAGGGAUACGGCUGCAUUCACCUGGCUGUGCUUUUCCAGCACCUGCCUAUUAUUGCCUAUCUGGUCGCCAAAGGGCAGAGCAUCGACACCCCGGAUGUGAACGGAAUGACCCCCCUCAUGCUGUCGGCUCAAAGAAUUAUCGGCGUCGAACCAACGAGUUUCCUGCUGAAGUUUAACCCUUCGCUCGGUGCUGUGGAUAAAGCUGAACGAAACACGGCCCUUCACUGGGCCGCCCUGUCCGGGAACGUCAACGCCAUGGACCUUCUGCUGGAAGCUGGGGCCGGUCUGGACACUGAGAACGCCAAGGGACAAACGCCGCUCGACAUCGCGUGUCAGAGCCGGAACCGCCUCGUUAUCCACAUUCUUACAAACGAAACUCGAGCGAAAUCCACGAGGAGCUUCGGGAUGCUGAAACUUUUUCAGAAAUACGAGAUGGCGCUGAUCGUCCUGCUCACCGUGUCGGUUAUCGGAGCCCUCGGAUAUAUCCUGGACCUGAACACAGACUCGUGGCUGAUGAAGGGCGUCCUCGUGGCUCCCGUGGUGGCCGUGUCGCAGCUCCUCAGCAGGCGGAUGAUGAAUCACCGGAGCCAGCGCUAUCUCCCCGCCAUCUUUUUUAGCGGCUGUAUUUUUUGGGCUUUUAUUACGUGGUUCGUCUCCUUCCUGCCUGAUUUGGCGCUGACUGCUCGUCAGGUACCGUUUAUUCUCAGUGCCACCUCGCUUCUUUACUUUUACUACAAGACGUGGAGGUCGGACCCGGGAUUCGUGAAAUCGUCCGAGGAGGAGACCAAGCAGACCAUCAUCAGUCUCGCGGAAGCCGGGCGCCUGGAUCCCCGGAUGUUCUGCGUCUCCUGCUUGGUGAGGAAGCCCGUAAGGUCCAUGCACUGCCCUGUGUGCGGCUCCUGCGUGGCGCGGUUUGACCAGCACUGCCUGUGGACGGGUCGCUGCGUGGGUGCGGGUAACCAGCGUUACUACGUGCUGUUCCUCGGCUCCCUGGUCCUCGUCGGACACGGGCUGAUUUUCUACACGUCUGUCUAUUGGGCUCAGCAUUGUACUGCAACUAUCCUCAGAGACGGCUUCUGGGCGUUCCUGGGCGCCGUCGUCGACUGCUCCCCGUGGGUUCUCUAUAUCUUUCUCAUUGUUUGCUGCUUCACGAUCUGGGCCACGCUCACGCUGUUGGUGCAGAUAUAUCAGAUUGUGUUCCUCGGUCUGACAACCCAGGAGAGACUCAACCUCCAGAUACAGAACAGACACUCUCAGCACUGGGUCUCGCUGCGGAAAACGCCUUUCAACCGUGGCUGUGUGCAGAACGUAGCCGAUUUCUUCCACUGUAGGUGCUUUGGUUUGAUCAGAGUUGAUUCUGUGGACUGGACUAAGCAGUACCAUGCGGCCCAGACGAGAAGCGCGCAGUCCGUGUGAGGAAGAGGCGCCCAUUAUGAGGUUUGAGUUAUUGCAGAACUGAGUGUGCGAGCCGACCGGCAGUAACCGGCCCCCCGUGGACACGUGCGGCCCAUCCGCCACACGGGCCCCGCGUCUCUCCCACCUGCAGCGGCUCCGCUCGGAACGGGUCAUGCGGACAAAACGGCUUCCUGGUGCUGGAGCCGCCGCCAGGAUCAAAGAUGGUGGCUACAUACUGUGUUUGAACUCAACGGCGCAAAAUAUCCGUCCUGGACCGGCUGCCUACAGACCUCACAGCCUCCCCGUCAGAGCUGCGUCAAUCCCCUCUGACGACAAGUCCCAUCAGCCCUAAAACCUCCGCUUUAAAUUAUGCGUUUGUUGUAAGUCUGUUUAAUAAAU